CACUCCUACCGGUCCCUUGCAGAGUUUCGGGAGACCCGGGCGGCACAGGAUUUCUUCGCCACUUGUCGGAGCCCCAAAUUGUGCUGUGAGCUGACUCUGCAGCCACUCAGACGAUUCCCCCUGGAUGCUGCCAUCAUCUUCUCCGACAUCUUGGUGGUGCCCCAGGCGCUGGGCAUGGAGGUUGUCAUGGUCCCUGGCAAAGGACCCACAUUCACAGAGCCCCUGAAGGAGGUGGAGGAUCUGCUGAAACUGCGACAGAAGGUGGACGUGACCGCGGAACUGGGUUACGUCUUUGAGGCCAUCACGCUGACACGACACAGCCUGGAGGGCAGGGUGCCCCUCAUCGGCUUCUCCGGGGCACCUUGGACGCUCAUGUCCUACAUGAUUGAAGGUGGCGGCUCCACUACAAUGUCCAAGGCCAAGAGCUGGCUCUACCGUCACGCGCUCCAGCUGUUUGAGUCCCAUGCGGGGCACCUGGGUCCGGAACAAUUUCAGGACUUUGCCCUGCCUUACAUCCGAGACAUCGCCCAGGCUGUCAAGAGCAAGCUGAAGGAGGAGACGCUGCCCCUGGUGCCCAUGAUCAUCUUUGCAAAGGAUGCACACUACGCACUGCGCGACCUGGCCCAUGCUGGUUACGAGGUGGUCGGUCUCGACUGGACCAUCCGGCCCCAGGAAGCUCGUGCACAGACAGGGAAAGAUGUGACCCUGCAAGGGAACCUGGAUCCCUGUGCUCUCUACGCACCCAAGGAGAAGAUUGGUGAGUUGGUAAAGAAGAUGCUGGAAGGUUUCGGGACCCAACGCUACAUUGCAAACCUGGGCCAUGGCCUCUACCCCGACAUGAGCCCCGAGCACGUGGGUGCCUUCGUGGAAGCUGUGCAUGCACAUUCCCAAACAAGCACAGCUGAGCCUGGGGGCUUGGGGACAGGACCCCGGUUUGGGCACAGUCACCCCAAGUAG